ACAACUUUGUGCUGGAUUUAACAGAACACAACUGAAGCAACAAAUGUCGAUUGGGAAUUCCAAUGAAUCCCUUUGCAAUUUCAACAUCUCUGAAUAUGCCUGUUCCUCAACAACCCUUCUGUCAGCGGACAACUUGGUGACGAUCCUGAAAUGCCAAUUGUCCAGCAAAAAGACUUACUCAACAGAAAUGUGGAAGCUGUUCUUCCAAAACAAUGCUGCUAUUCUGGACCAGGCUCUUCUGGAUUACUCCAGCAUGAACCCCAACACCAGCAGUCCAGCUAUGCCAAAUGUCCUUGAUGCCAUUGGAGAUGUCAAACUCAACAACUUCAUGAAUGCACAGCUGAACAACGCCAGUUUCGUUGACAAGUUGUUCCAGAAGAUGCUCCGUCCAUUCUUGGCAUCUCCAUCUAGGAAUUUCCUCUCCUGUCUCAGCUCAAAGAACUUCAGUUGUCAGACCUACCAAAUUGUCAUUGAGGCUCUAAGCAACCAAUCAGCCUCCAUGGACAGAGAGCAACAACGAGUGAUCUUCACUCAUUACAUCUAUCCAUUCCUUUCAAGAAAUGACUCAUCAGAUCCCGGCUGUGUCUCAAACACCAGUGGAAGCAUGGACUGGCUCCAGAGGAACUUUGGCAUCUUUUCUGUUUUUGCAGAACUGCAGGAGUUACAAGUCCUUAAUCCCGACUUCUCCAGCAAGGAAUCACUGUCGCUGCUUACCCCAACCCAAGUGGCACAAUUGACAUUGACCUCUGGGGCAUUGAAUGACACAGAUGACAUUAAACUUGUGUUUACGCGGCUGGAGGAAGGAGACGCUUUCAAAAAUGUUGACGAGUUUCUGACGCAACUGACCGCAAAGGAAGAGAUUCCUGACAUCCAUCCAGCCGUGAGAGAUGUGAUGAUGAAUCAGACGUUCAACAUCAUCAGCCUUCAAUUCCCAGAGUUCGAAACGCUGGACUGGAUUGCAUGGUUCGAAGUAAAGCUGAUUCCCAUCCUCCCCAGUUUUAAUGAAGUCAUGCUCACCAUUGCUACCUCAAACGUCAACUGCACCAACUACCAAGUCAUUGUAAAUGGAAUGGACAGAGCUUUCCCUGAAAUGACUCAGGAUAGAAGAGAAGGAAUCGCAAGAGUCCUGCUGAAAUACCUGAGGAAAUCUGUGCACCUCAUCAAUGGACCAGCUUGCAGGCAGGACAUCCACGAUGACAAUGACUGGCUUGCAAUCAACCUGGGUUCAUACUCCGAGUACACAACCUAUUCGGAUCUCAAAGACUUCAACAUCUCAGGGGUGGCAGUUCUAGACUCCCUCUCACCAAACCAGAAAGCUGAAUUGAUACUGGACCCAAGCACUGGCGCUCUGGAGAAUGAGACUCUUGUGAAGAACGUUUUCAUCAGCUUGCUGGAAUCUCCAAGGGAAGAGCAGCUCAAUGAGUUCUUUGUGACUUUUGUUGAAGUCACCAAGCAGGAAAACAUCACUAUCAUCACAAACACAGCCGUAAGAGACACAAUGCUAGACCUGACCUUGGUGGCUCUUGCUCCCAAAUUCGACGUUUUUGAGCCAAAAGACUUCCAGCUGUGGUUCCAAGUCAAUCUGGUUGUUCUGCUGGCCAGCUUCCAUCCUGGCAGAUUGGUUGAUAUCCCCCUAAACAUCACCUGUGAAUCCUACAAUGCCAUAUUUACGGGUCUCGACCAAAGUUUGGAAUCUCUUCCGCCUCACCUCUCACAGGGUGUAAAGUCAAGCUUGGAUGCACUGAUGAAGACAUUCCAACGUUGCUCAAGGCCUCCAGCUUUAAUUGUGUGCAAAGAAACACUGGUCAAUGAGAAACAACUUUGUGCUGGAUUUAACAGAACACAACUGAAGCAACAAAUGUCGAUUGGGAAUUCCAAUGAAUCCCUUUGCAAUUUCAACAUCUCUGAAUAUGCCUGUUCCUCAACAACCCUUCUGUCAGCGGACAACUUGGUGACGAUCCUGAAAUGCCAAUUGUCCAGCAAAAAGACUUACUCAACAGAAAUGUGGAAGCUGUUCUUCCAAAACAAUGCUGCUAUUCUGGACCAGGCUCUUCUGGAUUACUCCAGCAUGAACCCCAACACCAGCAGUCCAGCUAUGCCAAAUGUCCUUGAUGCCAUUGGAGAUGUCAAACUCAACAACUUCAUGAAUGCACAGCUGAACAACGCCAGUUUCGUUGACAAGUUGUUCCAGAAGAUGCUCCGUCCAUUCUUGGCAUCUCCAUCUAGGAAUUUCCUCUCCUGUCUCAGCUCAAAGAACUUCAGUUGUCAGACCUACCAAAUUGUCAUUGAGGCUCUAAGCAACCAAUCAGCCUCCAUGGACAGAGAGCAACAACGAGUGAUCUUCACUCAUUACAUCUAUCCAUUCCUUUCAAGAAAUGACUCAUCAGAUCCCGGCUGUGUCUCAAACACCAGUGGAAGCAUGGACUGGCUCCAGAGGAACUUUGGCAUCUUUUCUGUUUUUGCAGAACUGCAGGAGUUACAAGUCCUUAAUCCCGACUUCUCCAGCAAGGAAUCACUGUCGCUGCUUACCCCAACCCAAGUGGCACAAUUGACAUUGACCUCUGGGGCAUUGAAUGACACAGAUGACAUUAAACUUGUGUUUACGCGGCUGGAGGAAGGAGACGCUUUCAAAAAUGUUGACGAGUUUCUGACGCAACUGACCGCAAAGGAAGAGAUUCCUGACAUCCAUCCAGCCGUGAGAGAUGUGAUGAUGAAUCAGACGUUCAACAUCAUCAGCCUUCAAUUCCCAGAGUUCGAAACGCUGGACUGGAUUGCAUGGUUCGAAGUAAAGCUGAUUCCCAUCCUCCCCAGUUUUAAUGAAGUCAUGCUCACCAUUGCUACCUCAAACGUCAACUGCACCAACUACCAAGUCAUUGUAAAUGGAAUGGACAGAGCUUUCCCUGAAAUGACUCAGGAUAGAAGAGAAGGAAUCGCAAGAGUCCUGCUGAAAUACCUGAGGAAAUCUGUGCACCUCAUCAAUGGACCAGCUUGCAGGCAGGACAUCCACGAUGACAAUGACUGGCUUGCAAUCAACCUGGGUUCAUACUCCGAGUACACAACCUAUUCGGAUCUCAAAGACUUCAACAUCUCAGGGGUGGCAGUUCUAGACUCCCUCUCACCAAACCAGAAAGCUGAAUUGAUACUGGACCCAAGCACUGGCGCUCUGGAGAAUGAGACUCUUGUGAAGAACGUUUUCAUCAGCUUGCUGGAAUCUCCAAGGGAAGAGCAGCUCAAUGAGUUCUUUGUGACUUUUGUUGAAGUCACCAAGCAGGAAAACAUCACUAUCAUCACAAACACAGCCGUAAGAGACACAAUGCUAGACCUGACCUUGGUGGCUCUUGCUCCCAAAUUCGACGUUUUUGAGCCAAAAGACUUCCAGCUGUGGUUCCAAGUCAAUCUGGUUGUUCUGCUGGCCAGCUUCCAUCCUGGCAGAUUGGUUGAUAUCCCCUAAACAUCACCUGUGAAUCCUACAA